AUGUUUGUAGGUCAUGGUAUGAAGUUUGUGAGGAAUGAUGGAAGCGAAUUUGUUUUUUGUCAGUCGAAGUGCAAGAGGCACUUCUCUGCACGACAUAGUCCCCGGAAGUCGAAGUGGACGAAGGCGCAUCGUAAGACGGCCGGUAAGGAGAUGUUGUACGACAGCAUAUUCAAUUUUGAGAAGCGACGAAACGCUCCUGUGAAGUAUAAUCGAGAGAUAUAUGUCAAAACUAUCCAGGCAAUGACCAUGAUUGAAAGGAUAAAGAGACGCAGAGAGGAACGGUUCUACCUGCAGCGCAUGCGACAGGCCCAAGAUAAACACAUGACUGGAGUUAGAAAAAACCUCGCCAAGUCCGACCACCUUGUAAACAUGCUCCGCAUCAAGGAGAAGAGGGUCAAACGCACCAUCACCGACAAGACCAAGGCUAUUGUCGCACAGGCCGUCAAGGACUCACAAGCACUCAAAGAAGCCGCCAUGACAAACUAA